ACCAUUAAAAGAACAGUCGCAUUGAUUCUUCAAUUUCCUACAGUUUCCGCUGCCUAUUUCUUCAUGAACACUUCCUUCCUUCUCUGCAUUGACCAGAUCAUCUCCUCUCUCUCUCCCCCUCUCUAGAGUUGGAGAAAACACCUGAAAACUGUCCUUUCUUCUUUCGUCAGUAAGAAACAGGAGCCUUCAUUUGAGGUGUGAUCAAUAAUGGCGAUUAUGGGUGGGAGGAGGUCAAGGAGCAUGGUUGGGAGGACAUCGACCUGUGCUCUUGUUCUGGCCAUACUUCUCAUGCUCUCUGUUGUUCUGCUUAUCCUUCUUGCUCUAGGCAUUCUUUCUCUUCCCAUCAAUUCCAAAACCACCCCUGAUGCUUUUAGGAACAGUGAAUUCCGUGCCGUUUCUAUUCAUGAGAGCCUCAACUUCCCCACCGAUAACCAAAAGAGUGAUGGGGUAGAUGGUCCCAAGCAAUGGGUGGAAGUAUUGUCAUGGGCACCCAGAGCAUUCAUUUAUCACAAUUUUCUGUCAAAGGAAGAGUGUGAGUACUUGAUCAGUCUUUCGAAGCCACACAUGAGGAAGUCAACAGUUGUUGAUAGCGGAACUGGUCGGAGCAAAGACAGCAGGGUACGGACCAGUUCUGGCAUGUUUCUAAGGAGGGGCCAGGAUAAGAUUAUUAGAAACAUUGAGAAAAGGAUCGCAGACUUCACUUUCAUACCGAUAGAACAUGGAGAGGGGCUUCAAGUUCUUCACUAUGAGCCUGGACAGAAAUAUGAGCCUCAUUUUGAUUACUUCCUUGAUGAAUUCAACACCAAGAAUGGUGGUCAACGGAUAGCUACCAUUCUCAUGUACCUUUCUGAUGUGGAGAAGGGUGGGGAGACUGUUUUUCCCCAAUCUAAAGUAACCAACAACUCUGUUCCAUGGUGGGAUGAGCUAUCUGAGUGUGCAAAAUCUGGAAUCUCUGUCAGACCAAGGAUGGGCGAUGCUUUACUCUUUUGGAGCAUGAGUCCCGAUGCAAAACUGGACCCCAAAAGUUUGCAUGGUGGUUGUCCUGUGAUUCAAGGGGAUAAGUGGUCAGCAACAAAAUGGAUGCAUGUGAAUGAAUAUAAAAUCUAAGUCAACUGUAAUGAAGGUUAACAUGAAAAAAGGCAGUUCCCCUAUCAAAAGGAUGCAACAGGAGCUUAGGUUUGCGAUAUAGAUUGCAGCACUUGGUUUAUUCUUUGUUUCGUUUUUGUUUUUGGUGAGCUAAUUUUCGGGGCUUCUGCCUGUAAUUUGUGCCGUAAAUGUAUAAUCUUGUUAAGAAUAAUAACAUGGUUCCUUGAAGUUACAACAAAAUUCUCCCACUUUUCUAUUCGUUCCUAUAUACAUUAGGGGAUUGAUUUCAUGUGAUCAUGAUAAUUUCAUAUAAUGAAACUAUUCUUCUAGAAAA